UUUUUCCAAUUAGUAGAUUCGGGUGUGAAAAAGUCGGUUUUCACUCUACUCAAAAUGAUGUAAAAAUUGAUAAGAGUUUAUAAAUCCAUGAGAUUGUAAAUCGGUUUGAAUGAUGGGUGAGUCGGCGGUUGCACCUGGCCGGUAUAAUCGAAGCUGGGAUUCGAAAGAGCCAAUAAGCGCAACGUGACAGUGAAAUGGCGUAAUUUUUUAACAAUUUUGUUUGUUGCUCUGGAAAGACGAUAUUAUUGACGGAUGAUUUUCUAUAUAUUUUCGAUGUUACUGUACGACGCACUUGGAGGGAAUAAAGGCGUUCUAGCAUUGGGUUAUGACGACAUUCGGACAAUGCCGCAAUACAAGUUGACCUACUUCGAUGUUAUGGGCCUCGGAGAGCCCAUAAGACUACUUCUCAGUUACGGUGGGCACGAAUUCGAGGAUAUGCGAGUCGCGCGGGAGGCCUGGCCUGCUAUGAAAAAAUUGACACCGUUCGGCCAACUGCCUUUAUUACAAAUUGAUGGAGAAACAUACGGCCAGACGUUGCCGAUUUGUCGUUAUCUCGCCAAGCAGUUGAAUCUCAUUGGAAAAACUGACGUCGAUGCCCUGAGAAUCGAUGCGAUCGCGAAUGCUCUUCACGACAUGAGAAAACAGGUUGCACUCUUCUACAGAGAACCGGAUCCACUCGUCAGUGCAAAAAUAAAGGUAGAAACUGUUGGCAAAAUCGUCCCAUUUUUCCUAGACAAGUUUGAGGAGCUGGCGAAAAAAAAUGGUGGAUAUUUACACGGCGGCGAGUUGAGCUAUGCCGACAUCUUUUUUGUUGGUAUCCACGACUCGGUAGUCAACGCCUGUGGUCCCGAAAUAAUGAGCGGCAGACCGAGUCUUCAAGCGCUCAGAGAAAGAGUCGUCGCUCUUCCAAAUGUCAAGGCAUGGAUCGACAAAAGACCGAAGAACGAUUUCUGAUCGCCGGGCUCUUGAAUUUUUAAUCAUUUUCAAUAUUCCUGUCGAAUCAUUGGUGUUCCUUUGACGAACAAAAAAAUGCUUAGUUAGCGUAGAGGAACACUUCUCGAUCUUAUUCCAGCAGUUAUUGCACCGAACAAUCGAAAAAAUCCGCACUGGGCGGUGCGUAUAUUGAGUAAACUUGGCUCAAAAGUCCACUCGGACUGGUCAGAUCUUUAUAAAAUUUGAGUACGAUACUUCUAAAUAUGCAUACUUUCGAAAAAUUCAAUAAAAAAUGGAUUUUUUGAAAAUCCCAAUUAGC